CUCCUGACAAGGUGUUUGACUGGCCAGGGCGCGGGACAGGACUCGGUAUUAUCCGAAGGUGAAUUGUUGCAACCCGCAAGGAAAACCGGGCGACGGCACUGUAUACUGUUGUGGGGUACGGUGAAAAUCGUCUGGCUGCCUCUGUUGCGACAACCUCUGCUGGGCUGGACUUUGACAACUUUUCUUUGUUGGUCAGAGAGAAAGUUGGCAGACAAACCCUUAUCACAUCUUAAAGAAAGAAAAACUAGAAAACCACUUCGAAAGUGUCAAGCUUGGCUGUCUGUGCACCCAUGUCGUAGUUGGAGCUUGUAUCAGAUUCGGCGAUUUUCUAUUUUUUUUUUGAGGGGAUGGAUCGGACUUUUGUGCGAUGCCCGCUUGGGAUGGGCAGCCUGGUAAUUGGCGUUUAUCUAGUUCUCUUAUCAGUAAAUGCAGCUUCGUCUCAAGGAGUCUUUGCACUACCACAAGGCACAGUAGACGUGUUAGAAAAGCUUAACUUUGCCGGUUCACGAGGAGUAGUAGGUGGGGCGGAGGGAUUCUGUGACCGCCGCCCGGGGGUAGGUGAUGCUAUCCCCCAGGCCGAUGAGGCAUUCAGCGUCAACACCGACGCCAGUCCAAGCUUGGAGGUUUCCAAGAUGUUUUCAGGGGAACUCUUUCCAGAGGAUUUUUCGAUACUUUUAACCGUGAGAAUACGCGUUCCAGAACGGUCGAAAAUGAUUCUACUCUCGCUGUAUGACAUAAACAGCGAGCCCAAAAUCAUCUUGGAUAUCGGCAACCCAGCGGUUUUACAAUAUGCUGACGAAGCCAAUGGUCCUGGCAAGAAGGAAUGGCCCCGGUUCAGGCUCAACAUUGCCGAUGGCGAAUGGCAUCGGAUAGCUUUGAGUGUGAAUGGACAAACUGCAAAUCUUAUAACUGAUUGUGGAGUGACAGAAACUGAUACCUUACUGAGGAAAACACCAGCGAAUAUAAGAACGGAUGGAAUAUUUGUUUUUGGCCGAGAUUUACUCAAGCCUUCACGAGACACCUAUUUUGAGGGUGAUAUUCAACAACUUCUUAUUGUACCAGACUCUACUGCAGCUUACGAUCAAUGCCGGAACUACAUGCCAAACUGUGAUGAACCUAUGCCAAUUUUUAAAAAGGCCCUCGAGCCGAACCCGUCUCCAGAUAGAAAUGGAGGGCAAGCUGGACCAACACCCGGUGUUAUUUAUGACAGUGCAGCGUCAGCAUCCUCACAAUCAGAUUCCUAUAACUACAAUCAACCUGGACUGAGUUCCUAUGACAGUCAGGUGGAUCCUAACCCUAAUGGUGGGGGUGGGGGUGGUGGUGGAGGAGGAACUCCAACUUACUUGCGAGGUCCAUCUGGUGCAAAAGGAGAGCGCGGUGAAACAAGAAUUGAAUAUUUCCCAGGACCAGUCGGACCAGCAGGACCCAGGGGAAACCCAGGACCUCCAGGAUUUGAAGGACCAAGAGGGGAUCCAGGACCCCAAGGAGAAAAGGGUGAUCAGGGUAGGGAUGGAGCAAAAGGAAUGAAUGGUGCCCGUGGCCCUCCAGGAGUUAGCGCUUUAAUACCGCAACAACUAAUGGCGAUGAUAGCAGAAUCUGCUUCUGACGGCAUGAAGGGACCAUCGGCAGCUGCUAAUAUGGCAUCCAUUCGGGCAGUCCUAGAAGAACAAAGGUUUGCCAUGAGGGGAGAGAGAGGCCCAGAAGGACCUGAAGGUAGGCCAGGACCAAUGGGUCUAUCAGGCCGAGAGGGUCCUAAAGGAGAUUCAGGAUCCCUUGGUGAUGUAGGUCCUCGUGGAUUACCCGGUAUGACUGGAGAACGUGGCAGAGACGGUAAAAGGGGACGCUUUGGAAAAGAUGGACCACGUGGAGUUAGCGGACCACCGGGUACCAAGGGUGAUCGAGGAUACGAUGGUUUACCAGGACUUCCAGGUGUCAAAGGAUCAUUUGGAAGACAUGGACCAAAGGGCGGGAGAGGACCAGAGGGGGAGAAGGGAGAAAUGGGAAAUGAUGGAGAUCAAGGAGAAUAUGGUUUGCCUGGACCACCAGGAACCAGCGGUCAAACUGGACCACGAGGAAUGCCUGGCCCUAUGGGUAUGCCUGGUGGUAUUGGUGAUCCAGGUCCUAUGGGACCCAAAGGUGCAAUGGGUAUUGCAGGUAUGCCAGGAAACCCUGGUAUGCCCGGAAAGGCUGGACCACCUGGCUCGAUGGGACCCCAAGGCAGUAUGGGGGCACCUGGUGUACAAGGCCCAGUGGGUAAGCCUGGUGUUCCAGGAGUACCAGGUACUGAUGGGCCGCCGGGUUUCCCAGGCCAAGAGGGACCAACCGGAGCCAAAGGAAGCGAUGGACCUGGUGGACCACAGGGUCUUCAAGGGUACGCAGGGCCUAGAGGAGUCAAGGGUGUAACCGGUAUCAGAGGUCUCCCAGGGUCAAAGGGCUCUUCGGGUGAGGAUGGCAUACCUGGAUUGAAAGGAGAUAUGGGUCUUAGAGGAGACAGGGGUAAUCAAGGGCCAUCGGGUCCUAGAGGGCCAGAGGGCAUCAUGGGACCCAAGGGAGAAAUGGGAAUAAUUGGUGAUCCAGGACCAAUCGGUGUUGGUGGUGAAAAGGGUCAACUUGGAGCACCUGGAAUGCCUGGUUAUCCUGGAAGAACAGGGGACAAGGGAGACAUCGGUAAAGAAGGAAAUUCAGGAAAAAUUGGAGACAAAGGAUCCAGGGGACCGUCAGGUGUACCAGGGAAUGUAGGGGAUCGUGGACCGAGAGGACAAAGAGGUGAACGAGGUGUUUCUGGAAGUGAGGGACCACGUGGACAAAAGGGUGAAGAAGGACCCAACGGACCUGGCGGAAUUCAAGGUGAAAGGGGUCCUGCUGGAGUGUCUGGAAGCCGUGGGUUCCCAGGAGCUAAAGGACCCGCGGGACCAAUCGGUCAGGAUGGUAUACCAGGCUUCCCUGGCCCACGUGGAGAGGCAGGAUUUGAGGGUAAACCAGGAACACCAGGACCUGCAGGUGUUAUUGGUCCACAGGGUCCACCAGGAGAGAAGGGUCCAGAAGGUACUAGUGGAUUCCCAGGAGGCCCUGGACUGCCGGGUGAGCCUGGUCUACCUGGUGAAUCUGGUUCUACAGGAAUUCAGGGCACCCCAGGCCAGCCUGGAAUAGCGGGAGGUGAAGGACCUCCAGGUGUACAAGGCUUCCCUGGAGAAAGAGGUCUUCCUGGUGUUCAGGGACCAGAAGGAGACACAGGUGAGGAUGGUUCAUCAGGACAACAAGGACCACCAGGUGCCCCUGGCGUUCAAGGGCCUUCCGGUAUUCCAGGACCACCAGGAUUACAGGGUCGUCCUGGAGAAAGAGGAGCAGAAGGAUCCAGAGGAAUCAAGGGUGAAAGGGGAGACGAUGGACCAAAUGGACCUGUUGGUCGAGAUGGUAUGCCAGGACCAAGGGGUCUACCAGGACCAAUAGGAUUAACCGGAUCACCUGGUGAAGAUGGAGAUAGAGGAGACACCGGAUUAGCAGGAACUAAGGGAUCUAAGGGAGAACGAGGCAUGGAGGGACCAAUGGGAUUGCUUGGGGAGAGAGGGCCUCGUGGUGACCCAGGCUUACCAGGAGAAGAUGGUGAUACGGGCGUGCCAGGCGAGAUGGGUCUUAGAGGCCCCAAGGGAGAAGAAGGACCAUCAGGAGCCCCAGGGAGUGCCGGACCAAUCGGCUUACAGGGUCUUCCUGGCGUUAGUGGACCUAAAGGAGAUACUGGUGAUCCUGGUCCAACUGGUGCUCCUGGUAGAAUGGGACUACCUGGAAAACGAGGAACCCCAGGAGGAGAGGGCGGACAAGGCUUACCAGGACCAAGAGGGGACAACGGAUCUCCCGGACAAAAGGGUGAGAAGGGAUCUGUUGGGAUACCAGGCCGUUCAGGAAGAGAUGGUCCACAGGGAGCUAAGGGAGACGCAGGAAACAAAGGAGAGCCAGGAUCACCAGGAUUCCCCGGACCAAAUGGUCCACCAGGACCUGAAGGACCUCAAGGACCCAAGGGUAACCCGGGCCCAAUUGGAUUUCCAGGUGAACCAGGAGACCCAGGCACACCAGGACAACCCGGAGUACCAGGAGACCCAGGGGAGGAUGGAGAAGAUGGUGAUCCAGGACGCCCGGGACCUCAAGGUCCACCUGGAGAUAUUGGACAUACUGGACCUCGAGGGAAACCGGGUAAACCUGGUCUAAAUGGAGCUCCUGGUGAGCAAGGCCCUAAGGGUGACUCAGGAGACAUGGGACCCCCAGGUAUCCGAGGAGAUCCAGGACCACCUGGCAUACCCGGUGAGCCAGGACCCCAGGGACCCCAGGGCAUCAGAGGUCUCUCAGGACCUGAGGGUGACCCAGGAGAGCAAGGACCACAAGGACAAGGAGGUCCACAAGGACCAAUGGGUCCAGAGGGUCCACGUGGCUUAACAGGUGAUCCGGGUCCAAUUGGACCAAAGGGUGAUAUUGGUUUGAUGGGAUUGACCGGAGAAAUAGGAGACCCUGGGGAGAAGGGUGAUAAGGGAGAACAAGGUGAAUCUGGACCAAGAGGACCUCGAGGAGAACAGGGUGUUGAAGGACCACAAGGACCUAUGGGACCCGAAGGACCACCUGGUGUUCGGGGUGUCCCUGGCCCCCCUGGACCAUCUGGUAUCCGAGGUGACUAUGGACCAAAGGGUGAUCUAGGACCCGCGGGACCUCCAGGACCUCCAGGACCAGAAGCAAGUGCUGAGUACCUCCAAGCUCUACUCGACCAGGGCAUCUUAAACAUCCGCCCAGACCUGUACCCUGGUUUCUACCCUGAUGAGUUCCCAGGAGGUACCUAUGCACCCUUCACUGCUGCACCUAACGAGGGAGGAGGUGGAGGACCUGGUGGACCGGAUAGUAGCAGCAGCUACACAGGCUCAGUCAAGAGAAGAAGACGAGAAGCUGGCGAUGAUCCCAAUGCUGCUGGUACUGACUUUGAAGACAACCUAAUUCCGGAAAAUGCUGAGGACUACUUUUAUUUUGAUUACGGAGAAUUACCAGAAGCCUACAUGGAAGCCUUGGUUCAACUUUUCACCUCCCUGCGUGCUUUGAAAGAAGAAAUGGAACAGAUGAAGAACCCAAUCGGAACCAUCAAAAACCCAGCCAGGACAUGCAAAGAUCUUUACCUUAGCCACAAAGACUUCAAGGAUGGUCAUUACUGGAUUGAUCCCAAUCAGGGGUGUACUAAGGAUGCCUUGGAGGUCUUCUGUAACAUGACGGCUGAAGGAGAGACGUGUAUCUACCCUGACCAGGAUGAGAGCGAGUCUGAGGAUUUCAUCGCAGCGUUUGAUGACGUGAUGCGGGGUUACCGAAAGGCUAAACCUGGUGCAUGGUUCAGUGACACUAAAGUGGACCCGUUGACCUACAAGAGUAUUAGCACCGUACAGCUGACCUUCCUACGCCUCCUCAGCACCCAAGCUACACAGAAUUUCACCUACAUGUGCAGCCGUAGUGCUGGUUGGUUCGAUAAGUCACUGGGUUCGUUUGAUAACGCCAUCAAACUACAGGGAGCUAAUGAGGAGGAGUUUGCGUAUGGAUCAACCAUGGAACCUGAAGUCCUUCUAGAUAAUUGCAAGGACAAGCCUGGAAAGGGAGAGACUGUCCUACAAAUCACCACCACUAAGCUGCAACAGCUUCCAAUUAUGGACUUUGCAGCUCGUGACUUCGGAACAAAGUCUCAAAGAUUUGGCUACAAGGCGGGUCCCGUGUGCUUUAACUAAGGGGCGCAGGCAGCAGCUGUAUUCCCGAAGCAUCCCUCUACCUGUUGUCUGGCUCGGAUGACCCCAAGGGAUGCUGUCUCAACAUUGGUGCUAUUCGUGUUUGUGAUUUUUUUUAUAAGUUUACUAAUGAAAAUAAUACAAAGGGGUAUCUUGUAGGUGAUACAUUGUGGUGUUACCGUAGUUACUCUACAAAAAUUAUAAACAAAAUAGGUUUACAGUAGAAGGGCAUCGUCUAGAAGUUAUUUUUUUCUUUUUUUAGUAGAGAUUCUGCUUAAUUUUAACUUAGUAUAAAUUAGACACAGAUGUUUAUUAACUUUAAUGCAUCCGGUAGCACUUCUGCAUAAAAAUAUUAAAAUGCUGCUGCAUGUGUACAUUUGUUCAAAUAAUAAUAGAGAACUUAACAAUAGCAGUCGAUGAAGUUGUGAAUACAAUUUGUAGUCCACCAUUCUUGCCAUUUUCUUUUGGUUUAAAAACAAAUAUCUUUACCCACUUGCCUUGUCACUUUUUUCCAGUUUUAUGUAAAAUUAAAUUGAAGUUGGGUAUUUUUAUCUUGAUUUCUUGUUUUUUUUUGUAAGUAAUAACAACGUUUAAUAGAAAGCAGAGUAGGUUUUAGACAUAAUUAAUUUUAUAUUGUGUGUUAAAACAAGAAGAAAAAAUAACUGCUUUUUAUAAAAGAGAUCAUUAAAUUUAAGUACCAAUUAACGAAUAUCGAGACUUUGGAGAAAAUUACCACGAACAAUUUUCCCUCGAUCAUGCUGCCUUUAAUUAACACUCUAAAAUAAGCUAAUGACAACUGGUUAACUUUGCACCAUACCCCGGGUAAAACGAACAAAGGUUAAAGUUAUUUUAUAUUCUACACAUCAGUAUUAUUUUGCAGAUAUUGUUUCCGUACACUAUUACGGAUUUGGCUUAGUCUACCGUUUGGGCUCAACCCGCAAGUUUGAAGCCAAAUAAGGAUAUCACACAUUUUCUAAUUAACUGACGGGGCCCGAGCCCUUAUCGCUAAGCCAAUUUCCUAAUCUUUAAGCCCAAGCCAUAAGUCCAAGCCCCAAUGUAGGUCUGCCAUUCGUGAUUCUUCAGAAAACCGCAAAAAUUACAAUAUGAAAUCUUUAUCACAAAGCACACAUCGUUUCCCUUUUUCCCUUUUUUGUAAAAAACCACGCUCAAACCAAAGUGGGGUUUAACGGGAAUUAAUUAUAUCUGGGUUAUUUCUGCGUCAAAAUCAUCAUUGUACCUGAUUCAUCGUAGGCCUACCCUACUAAAAUUGCAUACGAUGUAAAACACGUUGUAUUACAUCGUUUGAGUCCCUCUUUAUAGUAUUGUUGUGUUUUCUGUUUUGGGAAGUGGUUUCUACAAAUUUGAAUUGUAUAUUAUUUUUUAACGAAUUACUUGCUUCAUUUACUGGACUUUUUUGUAGACUAGAUUUUCCCCAGCAGUUGCGUAUAGUUUGCUCCAGUAAACCCGAAUUACAAAUAGGGCUGUUUUUUUAUUUUUUAUUGCAUGUAUACCUUUUUAUAUUUUUUUAUUUCCUUAAGUAUUUUGUUAAGAACGAACCAUAAGUUUAUUUGUCGGUUUACAUUAACUGAUUGUUUUGUGUAUAGUUGUACGCCAUACUGUAGCUUUGUUUUCGGAUCUCAACGAUUUACUCUUAACCCAAGACCAAUCAGUAAUUACACAUCGUCAGCUCCACACCAGGGUGCUACCAGAUUAUGUGCAUGAGCAAUUUGAAUUUGACGCGCUCAGCAGAGUCAAGGUCAAUGAUGUAUGAUAACAGAAAACUAAAAGCCUAGAGCUGUUUUUUUACAUAAAUUCUCAUUUUACAGAUGUUGUGUUACUAUAGACCCCAUUGUGAAGGUUAAUCCUCGUGUGGUUCCGACAGCCCAUCUUCACUCACCAGGAAGGGGGAAACUCUGCAAAUCUCACUCGCAAUAAACUAGCAUGUAUCUUUUAUAUGGGUUAUUGUGAUGACGAAUCGCGUGUUUAAAGGGUCAUGCUUGAGUGCAAGCGAGAAUUGCAAAGUUUUUUUCCCAGCUGAAAAAGCUACACAAUCAAAAACGUACUAAACGUAAUAAGAAAGGAACCUCGAUUGUGUUAUAAAACUGCAUAAAGUAUACUGAAAUGAUAUUUCAGAAAGUGACAUUAAGAACAGAUAUUUUCCCGCAGUCAUAUUGGACAGAAGAUUUGUCCUAUAGUCGACUACUUCAUAUCGUACAUAAAUGUAAUUCGAGUAUUAUGAAAACAAAAAGCGUCUCCAUUUAACUUAUGUUGCGUAGAUUACAGUAUUUUCCACGGGCAUCAAUGUUCACAGUUGUUCAGUGUUACUACAUUACACAAUUCACCCUAAGAAUCUGCCAGUAAAUAUUGCCCUUUUUUCGUGGUAACUUAUCCAUUCAAGACAAUGCUGACUUUUUGGUACAGUAUGUAUAGGCCUACGACUAUUGCAAGAACUAUCUAUUUGUCCAUAUAAAUAGAGUAAAGAUGUUUAUUUCAUGAUAAAGACAUCCGUAUGAUUUCAUCAUCAAAAAAUGGCGAACGAUCUCAAAAGAAGAAAAAAUGGCGAACGAUCUCAAAAGAAGAAAAAAUGGCGAACGAUCCCAAAAUAAACUGUUGGGCGUAUCUUUGUUAUUUCUACCUCUCCGUCUGUUAAGAGUCUUUUAAACUCUUGUUAUAAAAAAUAAAUGGUCGCCAGAACCAUGGUGUGUAGUAUUCAACAAACAAACACAAUUAUUUAAACAAAUCUCACAUAGUUGAUUAGCGUCAUUUUUUGAGGAAGAAUAAGAAGGAAGAAGAAAAACUAGAGCAACAGUGUUAGGACUUGUUAACAGCUUGGUUCUAAACGGAUCCAUACUCGGGCCUUGUUGUCAGUCUAUGUAUAUAAACUAUGGAGCUGUAUUUCCUGUUUGACGCUGUGACGUGAUUUUUUCCAACCGUCCAGUACUAUACAGGAAUUAAUAAAAUCAAAAGGCCUGUUUUCUGCUCUGUAUUCCAACUGUGUAAGCCGUGACUUAACAUAUAUAUUUACCUUGCUGUUGUUGUUGUUAGAAUUAUUUUAUACGCCGCUUCGUAUAUUUUUAGCUUGCAAGAAAUAGAAAAUGGCUCAGAUUUAUCUGCACUGAAGUGUUGGGUUGAUUCUCCUCAUCAUUUUUUAUUCUUUGUUCCCACUUUGGCCGUUGGUGAUAAGGCAGGAAUUUGUAUAUGUUUGAAUAACUUCUUUUGUUUACGAUUACAAUAACAGUUAGAAACAACCCUAA